GUCUCCUCCGAAGUGGAGCCGAGGGACAGUACUCGACACACUCGCUCACCCAGCAAGUGGCUCGGGAGUAUGUCCAGGCACACGAUGAACUGAAUGUCGAAGGAAUCGAAGAUGCAACUGGUGAAACACUGCUCGCGUUGACUGAGUCGCUGUUGGUUGAUGCUUAUCCGUUUACGGAGCAUCUCGAAGCGUUCGCAUCUGUGGUGGCAGAGAAAGGCUAUACCAAGGACGUCCACCAAGAAACCGAAUAUCGCAUUGCCCGGAUGGCCGAUAGCCGUGGUUAUUACAUUCGCGCCAAGGAACUGUAUGAACAACAUCUUGUCAAGUGUAUUGCGUUUUACGGUACACAAGAUCACCCCAAUGUCGCCACCACGAUCAAUUGCCUCGGUGACGUCGCCUCCUCCCAAGGCAGCUACGAGGUCGCCCUCAAGCACUACCAGGAGACACUCGAUAUCUAUACCGAGAUAUAUGGCACACGAGAGCACCCCUCAGUCGCCACAACGAUCCACUGUAUGGGCAAUGUCGCCGACUCCCAAGGCAAUUACGAACUGGCCGAAGCUCUCUACCUCGAGGCAUUGAAUAUCUUUGUCGAGACCUUCAAUACUCGACAGCAUGAACAGGUUGCUUGGACCCUCGAUGCUCACGGCAAGCUCAAGUAUCUCCAAGGCCAUCUUUCCGAGGCGCAGAUCAUGCUCCAGGAAGCCUUGGACAUUCUCAUAUCUGUCUACAAAACACAAAGGCAUCCUGAGAUCGCAGCGACACUGAAAACCCUGGGUGACGUGUCCAAUGCUCAAGGGGAAUAUGCAAGUGCACUCAACUUGUACCAGGAGGCUCUGGACAUUUGGAGCCAGACCAUCAAGAAUCCCGAGCACAAAGAUAUCAAGGAAGUUACAUUCAGCAUAGCUGAUACUGACAACAAGAUUCGCCAACAAUCUCAUAUUGUCACAUCAUCGUAUCAGGAUUUCUCUCACAUGAAGGGGACUGCACAUAGUCGAAGUAAUCAGGACUGCCUCAUUAUGUAGAAGCAUGCUCAUUCUCUCAAGACCCUUUCCCACUUGUGCAAAACGGAUGUUCCAGAAUCAAAGCAGAGGGGGCACUGUACCUUACUCUGGUAUCAGAGGCUUGAAGCCUGCUGAACUUCCGUAGACGGGAGUGGGCAUGCAGCUGUGAGAAUGUUUCUCGUCCCGGUUGGCAAUCGUUUUGAUUUGGUUGGUUUGAGAAGCAGAAUCUUGGAAAUACUCAGUUAAUUUCCUGUGGCGAUGAUUAACUGGCGUUCAUGUUGCGAUUCGAGAGUCCCCCGAAUGCAUUCGGCCCUCUGAACAGCUGUAUAUUCUUGAUGUCCAUGGAAAUCGGGAUCCCUCGGAUUCUCGUCCCCUUGGACACACUAUUUGGUCAUGGCGUGUUCAGGACCCGGAAUAACAACGGCAAUUCUGACCUCGA